UCCCACGGUGUACUCCCCUCCCCUCUCACGAAGAACGUGCGUGCGUGAGCACAGCAGCAGCGACAGCGCGAGCUCUCGUGGCCAUGGAGGCGGCGACGGUGGUGGUGGUGGAGGCCGGGAGGAAGCAGCUGCUGCUGCCGGAUGCCGGGGGCCUGCGGCAGGCGCGGCACGGCGCGCACGGGCACUCGGCGCACGCGCGGACGGCUCACAGCAUGUCGUCGUCGUCGCUGCGGAAGAAGUCGGACGCGUCGCUGGUGCGCAAGGUGCCGUUCGCGCCGCUGCGGCCCGUGCUGGCCAACCUGCAGGAGGUGUUCCUUGGCACCAAGCUCGCCGUCCUCUUCCCCGCCGUCCCGCUCGCCAUCGCCGCCCAGUGCGCGCACUACGGACAGGUGUGGGUGUUCUCGCUGAGUCUACUCGGCCUCAUUCCUCUCGCGGAGCGAGUCAGCUUCCUCACCGAGCAAAUCGCACUGUACACCGGUCCAACUUUGGGCGGCCUCCUGAACGCGACGUGCGGCAACGCGACGGAGCUCAUCAUCGCGCUGUUCGCGCUCAUGCGGGGGAAGAUCGAGGUGGUCAAGUGCUCCCUCCUCGGCUCCGUCCUCUCCAACCUGCUGCUCGUGCUCGGCACCUCCCUCUUCUGCGGCGGCAUCGUCAACCUCGGCGCCGACCAGCCCUACGACAGGAAACAAUCGGACGUGAGCACCGGGCUCCUCAUCCUCGGCUUGCUGUGCCAAUCGCUGCCGCUGAUGCUGCGCUACGCUGUGGGCGCCGGUGAGCACGCCGUGGCCGCGGCCACCACGGGGCUGGAGCUCUCCCGCGCAUGCAGCAUCGUCAUGCUGCUCGCCUACGUCGCCUACCUCUUCUUCCAGCUCAAGACACACAGCCAGCUCUUCGAGCCACAGGAGGUCGAGGAUGACGGCGAGGUUGAGGAGACACCAGUCCUCGGGCUCGCGAGCGGGUUCUUCUGGCUGGCGUUCAUGACCGUGCUGAUCUCCAUUCUGUCCGAGUACGUCGUUGGCACAAUUGAGCCUACCUCGCUAUCCUGGGGGUUGUCAGUGAGCUUCAUCAGCAUCAUCCUGCUCCCGAUCGUCGGGAACGCGGCAGAGCACGCCGGCGCCAUCAUUUUUGCACUCAAGAACAAGCUGGACAUCACCCUCGGAGUUGCUUUGGGGUCGGCAACCCAGAUCUCCAUGUUUGUGAUACCACUGAGUGUCAUUGUCGCUUGGAUUGCGGGGAUUCAAAUGGAUCUCGACUUCAAGCUGCUAGAGACUGGCUCUCUGUUCAUCUCAGUGUUAGUGACAGCAUUCACCCUCCAGGAUGGAACCUCACAUUAUCUGAAGGGAAUCCUUCUCCUCCUGUGCUACAUUGUCAUCGGCGCAUGCUUUUUCGUUACGCGACAACCUGCAAGCCAUGCAAACAGCAACGGUGCCCCGCUGGCUGUACCAACCGGUACUUGGAACGCACAAGUGGCAUAACAGGUGGAAGAGUUCGCAUGAUCAAAUGGGCAUGUAAGACAGCAAAGCAGUGUUGGAGUCUGAAACUACCAGGCUGUCAGUCCUAGUGUGCAGCGAUUGAUCAGGAGAGGUGAAGAAUUGUAUUCAUCGUUGCGAGGAAUGCAUGCAGCAUAUCGAGAGUAUCAUUUGUCCUAUGUAUAUGAUCGAGCGUUGCUUCAUUUAUGUAGCGUAAUAAGACAUGCAGCGGGUGUGUUUGUAUAUGUACAGUAUGAUGCUACUCUCUCCGAUCCAAAAAUAAGUGUCAUUUUGAAUAUC